AUGGCGACAGCCAACAGCAGCCAACCCACUCUCAGAAACCUUUCUCAAUCGAUAUUUCCUGGAGUGUGGCACGAGACCACUGGUUUGGAAAUACAGUAUGCCCUCUACUCUGUCCUGGAUGCCCCUUAUGAUUUCACCGUGGUGGACAUGCCAGCUUUGCGAAAGUGGUGGUGUGUUAUGCUCCUGGAGAAUUUUGAACUUGGAAGCUAUGGCAAAAUGUUUGCCCACUGGACAGACAUUUCAAAGGGUGUGCUGCAAGAUGAGGUGCCACCAGUGUAUCAUUUAAAGAAACGGAAGAUGGAUGACAUCACUGAGACAGAGGAGCAGCCACAACCUGUUGCAAAGCGUCAGCAAUCUUGCACUGAAAGAGCUGUCGAAAUGCCAGUGGAUGUGGAUGAAGUGGGGGCCAGGAUACUUCAUCACUGCAAAAAGGCCGCAGAGUGGGUUGAAACAAACCAACAUUUGUUUUCGGCAAAGGUGGAGUUUCCCUGUGUCCUCACUAUGGGAGAGGAAGAAGUGGAAGAGGUUGUGCGGCAGUACAGAAGGCUUUGGGAUGAAGAAGAACGUUGCCAGCUUGAUGACCAGGAGACAGAAGACAUCCUUGACCAUUUCAAAUUUAAAUUUGAAAAUGUGGAAGACAUGUGGGUCUUUUGUGAGGAGAUUAUUGAGAAAAGAGGAUACACAACAUACACUGAAACUGAAGUGAAGGAGUAG